UUUUGACAGAUUGUCAUUCUUGUCAGUAAACAACAUUUUUCAAAACAAUUCAAAUUUUCUUUUGGAAAAACGUGUAUUUUCUUAUAAUAUAAAAGGAAAAUCAUGGCAGAAACAAUGAAACAGACGGUUGCGACCAUGCUCAGCGGUAUAGAAAGAUACAAUCCAGACAAUUUACCAACCCUGGAACGUUAUGUGGAAAUGCAAUCGAAAGAAAACACUUACGAUUUGGAAGCUAAUCUGGCCGUAUUAAAAUUGUACCAGUUCAAUCCUCACAGUUUCAAUAUCGAGAUUGCCUGUCAGAUUUUGUUGAAGGCCCUCACCAAUUUGCCCCACACCGAUUUCAUUUUGUGCAAGUGUUUGCUGACUGAGAAACAGUUGGCUGCCGAUCCAAUUAAUCAAAUCAUCUACCUUGCCGACAUUUUGGAACAGUGCGAUUUCCAACUUUUCUGGGUCCGUAUCCGCACAACGCCAGAACUAACUCAGAAAAUAUCUGGCUUUCUGGACUCCAUCAGGAAGUUCGUCUGUCACGUGGUAGGAAUAACUUUCCAGACCAUCGAAAAGAGCCAUCUGAUUCAACUGUUGGGCGAAAUCGAGGAGAAGACUUUGCAAGUUUGGGUGAAAAAAUAUGGAUGGAAAAUGGAAGGCGAAAAUUUGGUAUUCAUAGGCAAUCAGGAUGAGAAUAUUAAAACUAAAAAUAUCAGCGAAAAAAUUGAUUUUGAUAGUGUUGGUCAUAUUAUGGCUUCAUGUCGUUAAAUAUAAAUGAUAAUUUUUUUUUUGGAUAAAAUUUGUUUUAUUGAAACUCUGGCAUAAGGAU